AUGAUCGGAAUACAUACAAAAACACCAGCCAAUUCAACCAUAGAUGUGCGGCCGAGCAACAAGCGGAAGCCCUCAAAGGCGGAUACUUUGCCGGGCAGUUAUGGCCCCCAGCACUCGGAGCCUAGGCGUCAAAUAUCCAACCCGGUGCAGCGCAGCGCCUCACAUGCGAAAGACCACUUUGGCAAACACUGCCCUAAGAACUCGAGUCGUCCGGAUCACAGGCCCAACCCGUCUGCUGCGAAGACACCAGAGCUUGAUCGCCCACAUGUGCAGCAGAGGAACACGAGCUUCCAGAGGAGGUAUACGGAGAUGCAAUUGAGUCUAGAUGCCAUCCCGCGAAUGCACAAUAUCUAUGCUUCGUUCUUCACUUGGAUCACCUUGGUUGGCUACGUCGUCUUCCCCGGGACAUACACAAGCAUGGAGGACGUCUCCCCUGAUAACGACGACGGCCAGAGUGACGCUGCUGCGAACACGACCCUGGACCACGUCAAGAAUGUGCCGCUGCUGAUUGUAGCAGCUCUCUGCUGCGGUUUGGGAGUGGCCGGCAUGGCUUGGCUGGCGAUCCGCUGGCGGAGGAACUACGUGUGGCUGCUGAAUCGUCUCUUCCUGCCCAGUGUGAUGAAUGGGCUCGCAGGCUUAAUUUCAACCUUGGUCAUGGUCUACGCAGCGCAAAACGGGGCGUGGAGCGUCACGGCAAAAGCGAGUGCCAUCGUCGAAGGUUGCUGCAUGGCUGUUUUCGGUAUUCUGUUCGUCGUGUAUAACAAUGUCAUGCUCAAGAAGGUAAAGAAGAGACCUGUUCAAGGGGUAGACGCAGCGCAGGCCAGCGAGACCUUCCUCGAAAAGGCAGAAAGGAAACUAAAUGCCCCUGCGCUAGAACCAGGUAGCGUUGUUUGA